AUGUACUAUGUUUUCAAGUAUGUUGUAUCGUUUGAAGAAGUUAAGAAGAAAUGGAGAGGUAUACGAGACAUUUUUAGGAGGGAAUUUAAAAGAGCUAAUGCGCAUAAAUCUGGUGACCCAGGAGAAGAGUAUAUCCCUAAAUGGCUGUAUUACAAAAUCAUGUUGUUUCUAAAAGAUACAAUUACUUCAAGAGACUUGACAGGUAGCGUCCCAUCUGAGGUUGAUGAAUGUGAUGAGCCAGAGCCUGACGUUUUAAGCGAGUUUCCCCCAGAAAAUGAUAUUGCGACCUCACCACAAAUUUCGUCACCAUCAACACAAACAAAAAUACCCUCCCAGACUGUCUUCAAGUCACCACCGAAGAAAGCAUCCAAACGGCCCAAGGAGACAUCUACUAUUGACAACAAACUUCUCAAAAUUGAAGAAGAAAAGCUAAAACUUUUUAAAGGGAAUAUGGCUGAUAGCGAAAUGCAGUUUUUGAUGAGUCUGCACCCUUUUCUAAAACAGGUACCCCCUGCUCGUCAGCUGGCAGUACGUGCAAGUAUUAUUCGAGUGAUUGAUGAUGAAAACACUCAACAGUAUUCCCCGAGCCCUUCCUUCCACUCAUCUAGUGCUGAUGAAUGUCGAAGUCAUUCCUCAUCUUCAAGUAUGAAUUACAUGGUCCUACAAAACGCUACAUCAUCUAAUCAACAGGGGCUUCAAACGUAUUUUGAAGAUUUCGAUUCUACAAAAGUUCAUCUCUAA